AUGGCCAAGGUGCUGUUGCUCAUCUGCAUCGUGGUUUAUCCAGGAUCCUGUGCUCUCUGGGUGUCUCAGCCCCCUGAGAUUCGUGCCCGGGAGGGCACCACUGCCCUCCUGCCCUGCUCCUUCAAUGCCAGCCAAGGGACGGUGGCCAUUGGCUCUGUCACAUGGUACCAAGACAAAGUGGCCCCGGGGAUGGAGGUGAGCAACAUGACCCCAGAGUUCGGGGGCCGUGUGGCCUCUUUCGCUACUGUUCCCCAAUUUACCAGGGACCACACGGCAGAGCUGCUCAUACAGGACGCCCGAACCCAUGACACCGGAAUCUAUGUGUGCAGGGUGGAGGUGCUAGGCCUGGGUGUUGGAACAGGAAACGGUUCUCGGCUGGUGGUGGAGAAAGAGCCUCCUGAGCAAGCCUCCGGCUCAGAGCGAGCAGCCCACACACGUCUCCUCCUCCGGGCCGGAUUCUAUGCCCUCAGCUUUCUCUCUGUGGCCACGGGCAGUACCCUCUAUUAUCAGGGCAAAUGCCCCUGUCACGUGGGAGCACACCUCCGACCCCCCCACAGCCUGUGA